UUCCUGGUGGAUGCUUGCUGGUCUGCGAAGCUGAUGUAAUAGCAUACACAGGGCCCUCAUAACUGUCUUGUUGCUACAGUGCCGCCGAUUUGUUCUCGGAGGUGACUUACGAGACUAGGACAGGAGAGAUGGCAGCGUCAAAGUUCAAAGUUUUGAUCGCCGGUGGCAGCGUAGUCGGGCUGACACUUGCGUUGGCAUUGGAAAAGGCGGGGAUCGACUGGGAAUUAUUCGAGAAAGGGGAAAUUGCACCACAGCUGGGAGCUUCGUUCGGCCUCCAUCCCCCAUCGCUCCGCAUCCUCGAUCAACUCGGCGUAUGGGACGACUUAAAAAGGAUUGUUGUUCCUUUGGAACAUCGCCAGCAUAUGGAUGGUAACAACAGAUGCUUUGAGGAUUCCCAUGUCCUGAGAGAUAUCCAUAACAUGCUCGGGCGGCCAAUUGUCUUCGCCGAAAGAUGCAAAGUCAUCCAGUUUAUAUACAACCACAUCCAAAACAAAGAUCGGGUCCACAGCUGCACGACUGUCGUGGGUUACGAGGAGACAGGAGACACUAUCACAAUAAGAACAGAUAAGGGCAGAUUAUGCCAAGGAAGCAUCCUUAUUGGAGCGGAUGGAAUCCACAGCCAUAUAAGAACAGUUAUGGCAGAGAAAAUAAGGCCUGCGAAUCCAGCUCUUGCUCAGGAUCUACUUGAAGGCUUCACGAGCGAGUACAACGCAAUCUUUGCCAUUUCUCACAAUGGAAAGACGACGCCAUUCAUGCCUGACGGUACUGUUCAUAAUGUCUACUACGACUACUAUUCAGCAGUCGCAGCUACAGGCGAACCUGGAUCGAUCUUUUGGUUUCUUUUCGUGAAGAGCUCCAAGACAAAAUACCCUCGUUGUCCACGCUUUACCGAAACAGAUGCGCAGGACUUGAUCGAUCGAUACGGGGAUUCCACAAUCGGGCCCGGCUAUACUGUUAGGGACCUGUGGGAAACAAGGGUGAAAGCAAGUCUUGUGCCGAUGGAAGAAGGUGUCCUGAAGCAAUGGAGAAACGGUCGAGUACUUCUCAUGGGCGAUAGUGUUCAUAAGACGACCGUUAAUGCCGGGCUGGGUGGCAAUCUCGCCUAUGAAGGAAUCGCCCGCUUUACGAAUCUCCUCGUCCCACUACUACAAAAGACGCCCAAUCCUUCCACCGCAGAUAUCACGGAGCUCUUCCUCGGAUUUGAACGUCUUCAUCGGCCACGAGCCGACUUGGUAGGAAAGAUCUCUGGCCAAAUUACCCGAUAUGAAGCCCAGGAUACUGUGUUGUUGAAGUUUGCAUCACGUUAUAUAGCACCUUGGGUGAGUGAUUGGACAAAAGCGAGCCUCUAUGCUAGUUUUGCACAAGGGGCCCCAUGGCUUGAAUACCUCCCGCUACCAUCUGAAGAGUGACGAGGGCCCUCUGAUUAUCAGGAGUUAUUAGUUACAUCAAAUGCUUUAUCAACUUACGCCCUUUGAUUGUUCUCCAGCCACAGCGCCAGACCAACUAGUCUAAAUUUGGAGUCCUCGGGGGUAUAUC